AUGUCGCUACUUCGUCAGAAACGGAGCCCCUUCAGCUCCCGACCGUUUAUCGUGUCAACGCUCCUCAUAACCUGUCUAGCAACCUAUGCGCUCGUCCUCCGACCUUUCGCGACAUCUCGGUUGUUGCGCCAACCCGAAUAUCCACAACAACAAGACGUUGCGCGAAUCUUCGCAAGAGGUCACAAACACGAACCAACCGCCCCCGUCGAUUGUCGCGAUGUUCACUUGGCCCAAGACCAAUGCGCCUUCAUAUUGGCCAACUGCGAAGACGAGGACGCCGGUCUCAUACAUUACCUGAGCUUCUACUACUGCACCCUACCCAAUGCGAAACCCGUCGCCUUCGCCGUCCUCACCGCAUGGCUGGGCCUCCUGUUCACAACGAUCGGCAUAGCCGCCAGCGACUUCUUCAGCAUCAACCUCAGCACCAUCUCGAGCGUCCUGGGUCUAAGCGAGAACCUUGCUGGUGUCACAUUCCUCGCUCUGGGCAAUGGCUCCCCGGAUGUUUUUAGCACCUUUGCCGCCAUGAGUUCCAACAGUGGAAGCAUGGCGGUGGGUGAACUGAUCGGUGCUGCUGGUUUUAUCACUGCCGUGGUGGCCGGGUCCAUGGCCUUGGUUUGCGAGUUCAAGGUCCAGAAACGAACAUUCGUACGAGAUAUCGUUUACUUUAUCAUUGCCAUCAGCUUUACCAUGCUGUUCCUGUUGGAUCAGGAACUGCAUUUGUGGGAGGCCAACGCCAUGGUUGGCUGCUAUAUCUGCUAUGUCAUCUUGGUGUUUGCGUGGCAGUGGUUUACAGACAGGAGGAGGAAGAGAAGACAACAAGAAGCUGCUGCUCGUACGCACUUCCAUGGUUCUGCGCCUGGGGCAUCAGAAGAGUUGGAACCAUACCGGGAUGAACCAGAAGACGAUGAGGCAGCUUCUGUGAACACUCGGCCUCGGACUGCUCAGACGGACAUCAGCGCUCUAGAACGGGGUCCUAGAAUAGAAGUCGAAGGACAGGGAGUUGCAUCUACACCAAGCGAGGAAGAAGAGGAUGAGCACCGCGACCUGCAUGUGGCUGCAGAGAUGACCAGCAGCAUGCGCGUCAACCGACCUCGCUGGGGCCGAAGCAACACCACCAUCACUCCCAUCAGACCCAGUCUUGUCGGUGCUUUGGAAUUCCGGUCGAUAUUGUCGUCACUACAGAAGGAGAGGAACCUGCAGGGUGGCCACUUCCAACGUGGUCAUCGUCGGGGAAAUUCCGAUUACUUCUCAAAUCAGCCAUCGCUUCCUUUGAUUCCCGAGGAUCAGCUAUACCGGGGACGUCAAUACACCCUCGACACACUGCCCACCCUCUCAACCAUCGUGUCGGGUAGAGACCGCGCGUUGUCAUCCGGACAUUCACCCCUUAACCUGGACAAUUCCGGCUUGCCAGUUGUUCAGAGCGGUUCAGAGACGGAGAAUACAAGCCCGGCAUUAGCAGUGUUAACACCAGGACCUCGUCCAAAUGAGAGUCCCAACUUGCGUCCAGAUACUAGAGGUAGCUCGACCACCCGAACUGUUGACGGCAGACUUGCGCCUCCUCUGGAUACCGGAGGUGUCAACCAAGGAUUGCUUCAGAAUCAAUGGAGGAAAACACCGAGGACACUCGGUCUACACCUCCAAAUUCCAGAGAGUACCGGCUCUAGCAACCGUGCUUCGCCUACACUCUCACCUUUCCCCAUGUUCUCCGAGUCACCCACCAUGCUGACUCCCCAACAACUACCCGAAUCGGCCUUUGUCUUUCCUACACCAUCCGAGAGAAGACGCUCCUCCAUCGCCAUCUUCGGCGGCUAUGAAGAAGAGGAGGAGCCCCUCAAGUAUUGGCCUUACUCCAUACUCCCACCACCGCACAUCUUCUUCGGCACCCUCUUCCCUACCCUCCAAGGCUGGUCCGAGAAGUCAUGGUGGGACAAACUCGUCAGCUUGAUCUCGGCUCCCUCCGUCUUCGUCCUCGCCAUCACUCUCCCCGUAGUCGAAACCGAGUCCGAGCACGACGACGAUGACGACGUUGAAGGGCCCGCUGAGUCCCCUGCCACCCACCUGAUCCACAAUCACGGACAACCAGGACACAUGGCCGUCCCCGUCUCUCUGGAGACAAGCGCACACAUCCGUCCCGAGACCGAAUGGCAGGAAUUCCGCCGUCGCACACGCUCCGCUUCUAACCGGUCUCCCAUGCGCUCACCCAUGGCACGCUCACCCCUCCACUCUCCGCUGACGGCUUCGCCAUCCUUCGUAACGCUCGCCUCCCCGCGGACGAGGCUCAACUCCGAAGCCAGAGCGCAUACCAACGGGCAGACCAACCUCGGAGCACAAGUCCAACAAGCAAUGAAACUUAAUCCCCACCCGCGCCACGGCCACAGUCGCCAAGCUUCUCAACCGACUAUCGUUGAAGAAGAUGAACACGGCGGAGUCACCAAUACCGACACGGGAGCCACUUUGACAGAAAACCACAACAACGACCCCAACGACGGUGACAAUGAAGAAAAAGCCGCCGAAGAAGGCUGGUCCCGCUGGCUCAUCUCGCUACAACUCUUCACCGGCCCCCUCUUCGUGGUGCUAAUCCUCUGGGCAAACACAAUGGACGAACUUCCAUCUCCCGGGCACGCGCUGCUCCACAUGAUUUUAUAUUCAUCAAUCUUCUCCCUCACCUGUCUCGGCAUCUUGUUGCUCACAACAAGCGCCGAUAAGAAACCCAAGUACCACUUCUUGCUAUGUUUCCUGGGGUUUGUGAUUAGUAUCGCGUGGAUCUCGACGAUAGCGAACGAAGUGGUGGGCAUCUUGAAAGCAUUUGGUGUGAUACUGGGGAUUAGCGAGGCUAUUCUGGGGUUGACGAUUUUUGCGGUGGGGAAUAGUCUGGGGGAUUUGGUGGCUGAUGUUACUGUUGCGCGGUUGGGGUGGCCUGUUAUGGCUUUAGCAGCCUGCUUCGGCGGCCCCAUGCUCAACAUCCUCCUCGGCAUCGGCUUGGGAGGGGCCUGGAUGAUUGUUUCCUCAGCCAACAAGCACCACGCCAAACACCCCGAGCUUCCCUUUAGAUACAAGCCCUACAAGCUGCAAGUGGGCGGCACGCUGAUGAUAUCCGCCAUUACCGUGCUCGUGACGCUGGUGAGCUUGUUGAUUCUGGUCCCCAGCAACGGGUGGGUGAUGAAUAAACGGAUUGGGUGGACGUUGAUUGGGAUAUGGACCGUGGGCACGGUGUUCAAUCUGGUCGUGGAGACGACGGGGGUUUGGACUGAUGUUCGUUAG